CCGUUUAUGUCAUACUUCUUUACAACCCAGCCAUCAAUGAGACUAAGAUUAAGUAUGUUGCUGUAGUGUAACCCAGAAUAUGCUGCAGUGUAGAUGGAAGGAGUGUGUGCUUUAAGGACAGACGUCUACAUGAACCUGUGUGAUGAUGAUGUAAUGGCCGACCAAAGGAUGGACAUCUCCUCCACAAUGAGCGACUUUAUGUCCCCCUCCUCCACCGACCUGAUCAGCUCCUCCAUCAGCACCCCAGGGAUGGACUACACCCGCAAGAGGAAGGGCAGCUCCACCGACUACCAAAUUGAUGGCUUUUCUUCUUUUGACGAGAGCAUGGAUACAGAUAAGGAUAAACAACUUGGAAGGGACUGUGCUGACCAGCAGGGGCGGAUUAAAAAUGCCAGGGAGGCCCACAGUCAGAUUGAGAAGAGGCGUAGAGAUAAAAUGAACAGCUUCAUAGAUGAGCUGGCAUCUUUAGUGCCCACGUGUAGCGCCAUGUCCCGCAAACUGGACAAACUCACAGUGCUGCGCAUGGCUGUCCAGCACAUGAAAACAUUAAGAGGGGCAACCAACCCUUACACAGAAGCAAACUAUAAACCAUCAUUCCUGUCAGAUGAUGAACUGAAGCACUUAAUUCUUAGGGCUGCUGAUGGUUUCCUGUUUGUCGUCGGCUGCGAUCGUGGCAAGAUCCUGUUUGUCUCAGAGUCAGUCUAUAAAAUCCUCAACUACAGUCAGAAUGACUUAAUCGGUCAGAGUCUCUUUGACUACUUACAUCCCAAGGAUAUCGCCAAAGUGAAGGAGCAGCUGUCGUCCUCAGACACAGCCCCUCGAGAGAGACUCAUUGACGCUAAAACUGGACUUCCAGUAAAGACGGAUAUCACUCCCGGACCCUCCAGGCUGUGCUCCGGAGCCCGACGCUCCUUCUUCUGCAGGAUGAAAUGUAACCGCCCAUCUGUUAAAAUGGAGGAUAAGGACUUCCCCUCUACCUGCUCUAAAAAGAAAGCGGACCGCAAGAGCUUCUGCACCAUCCACAGCACCGGUUACCUGAAGAGCUGGCCCCCGACCAAGAUGGGCCUGGACGAGGACAACGAGCCUGACAACGAGGGCUGUAACCUCAGCUGCCUGGUCGCCAUUGGUCGACUCCAUCCCCACAUUGUUCCGCAGCCAAUGAACGGAGAUAUCCGCGUCAAGCCCACGGAAUACGUCUCCCGCCACGCUAUCGAUGGCAAAUUCGUCUUCGUGGAUCAGAGGGCGACCGCUAUCCUGGCCUAUUUACCUCAGGAGCUCCUGGGUACGUCGUUCUAUGAAUACUUCCAUCAGGAUGAUAUCGGACAUCUGGCAGAAUGCCACAGACAAGUUCUACAGAUGAGAGAAAAGAUCAACACAAACUGUUACAAAUUCAAAAUCAAAGACGGCUCCUUUAUCACUCUGAGGAGCCGUUGGUUCAGUUUCAUGAAUCCUUGGACCAAAGAGGUGGAAUACAUCGUCUCGACAAACACGGUGGUCUCGAGCAGCGUGCUUGACGGAGCAGACCCUAGUUAUCCUCAGUCCGCUGCCUCUCCCCAGAGUAUGGACAGUGCUCUGGCCACAGGAGACGGCGGAGGGAAGAGGGCUCUUCAGACCGUCCCAGGCAUACCAGGCGGAACCCGCGCCGGGGCAGGCAAGAUCGGACGCAUGAUCGCGGAGGAGAUGCUGGAGAUUCAGAGGAUUCGAGGAUCUUCUCCAUCCAGCUGCAGCUCCAGUCCACUGAACAUCACAAGCACGCCGCCCCCGGACACCUGCUCCCCCGGAGGCAAGAAGAUUCAGAACGGAGGAACUCCAGAUCUACCAUCUGCGGGACCAGACUCAAUAGGCUACCUUGACUCCAAUAACUCCAUCAUGAGUGAUAAUUCCCACCUGAGUAUUGAUAUCAUGGAAGAACCUGGUUCCAGCAGCCCUAGUAAUGAUGAAGCUGCCAUGGCCGUGAUUAUGAGCCUGCUGGAGGCCGAUGCCGGCCUGGGUGGACCCGUGGACUUCAGCGACCUGCCCUGGCCUUUAUGAGGCUAUUCUUACGGGCCUCCGGACUGCCCCAGAGGUCAACGCUUAACUAGGAGGCCUCUCCGGCCACCGUUUUUCUUUCUUUUUUCUCUUUCCUCUAAGCCUUAGGGAGCCAGAUUAGUGGGUCGUGCAAGGCACUGCUCCUAGGCAGAAAGAGGAGCGCUGGAAAAGCCACAGAGCUGCUGUUUCAAAAACAUAGGAGGACCCCCCUCGACCCCCGCCCCCUUCCCCUCCCCCUCCGAAAAGCACACA